GGUAUCCAGUUCGUUUACAAUCUUGCCGCAGAUGGUACGAUUGACAAAGGACCGCAUAUGUUUACCUACAGAAGCUCACUUCUGACAAGUACUCGCGAAUGGCUUCCUUGCGUAGAUGCACCUGAUCAGCUUGCUCUGUGGCGCAUACACAUAACGUGUGAAAGUUGGCUUACCGCUGUAGCAAGUGGGGAUUUAGUUGGGUAUGACAGCAAUGCCGAUAGCCAUUUGCGGACGUGGAAUUACCAGCAGUUAGUGCCAACUGCCGCUUGCAAUAUCGGUUUUGCAAUUGGGCAGUUCUCGACGUACACAUUGCCAGAUAUGGCAGAGAUAACCAGUUUUGCACCCGUCGGACUGCUUUCAUUAGUGAAACACACGGUAGCGCCACUUGACAAGAUUCUUGAGUAUUUUGAAGAACUGCUAUCGUGCCGAUUUCCCUACCCUACCUAUAAACAAGUUUUCGUUGAUAUGGUAAGCUUUUUCAUUCUCUACGCUAAAUGCUAUGGAUUUGGUCGUUUUCAGAUUCCCGAUGAAGUCACCAGCUACAGCAGUAUGACCAUCUUUUCGAUAAGUACACUCCAUCAUAAGAAAAUUAUUGAUGCUGUACAGGAAUGUCGUCAGUUAUUAGCAGUGGGUGCUGCCCAGCAAUUUUUUGGUUGCUUCAUAUCGCCAGCCCAUUUUGUUGAUUGGUGGUUGGUACGGUCGUUGUCGAGGUUUAUAACAUCACUUUAUAUCGAGAAAAUGUUUGGUACCAGCGAAUAUCUUUUCCAAAUCAAGAAAUUAAUGAAUACUGUUUGUGAUUAUGAAUCACAAUGGGGAAAAGUA